ACGCGCCCAUUGAACGAGAGUCCGUUCAACUGGCAACAACGUGAAGGCGGCUUCAGAAGAGCUCCAUUCAUAAGAUUCUAUUAGCGGAAACAAGAUAAAUCGUAUCGCUAUCGGACGCAAUCAGGCGCAGAAACAGAAACAGACGCAGACGCCUUGUUAAAUUACGAGCAGCCAUAAAAACAAGGCUGUUCCAUCGGGAAUUCAAUCAUAAGCGAAUUAUUAAUUAUGUCACAGCUGUACGAACUGUCGGAGGUGGCCGAGCAGAAUGGCAAGAAGGGGAAGCCCUGCUGGAUCAUCAUCAAGGGCAACGUUUACGAUGUGACCAAGUUCCUGAGCGAGCAUCCGGGCGGGGAGGAUCUGCUGCUCGAAUACGGCGGCAAAGAUGCCAGCAAGGCCUUCAGGCAAGCCGGACACUCGUCGGAUGCCGAAAAGGAUUUGAAGAACUUUAAAAUUGGUGAACUUCGAGCGACUACAACUCCGACAACGACAACGACAACGACGGCGCCCAUUCAAGUGCAGCCCACGUUAAAGGACCAGGACAAGGAGAAGAGGGUCAGCAGUCCAGUACCUGCGGACGAUGCGGAACCGAUGAAGAAGAGCUCUGGCUUCCUCUGUUGCUGCUAGUGGAUAGUGUAGAAACGUAGGAAGUUAAAGGUCAAAUAAUUGAUUUAUUAACAUAAUUAAUUAGUGUAAUUAACGUUUAGCUAGGAUACGACCUCUCUCAUCCCAUCCGCAUUUAGAGCUAAGCAAACAAAACUCGCCAUCGCCUAAGCCUAAGAAGAUCUAAGAACUCUGCAUACCUCGAUCAAAUAAAUUGCAAUUACAGAUUCAACCAACAA